GUUGCAUCUUCAUACAGCUGCAGGAGCUGCAGACAGUAUCCACAGUGCUCGCUUGCCAGAGCUGCCACCCGCUACAUAUCGGCACGGUAGGGGAUCACCUCUCUCUAAUAGCUCCAUGGUUUAUACAUAGAGCUAUUAUAGCUCCAUGGUUUAUACUAGGAAAAUAAUGCUGUGAGAUGGCAUUGCUUGGUCCUUGAAAGACAAGUUGAUCCCGCAGAUCGAAGGCGGAAUGGGGGCCCUCAACGUGAAGCAAUGAAACUCGGAAAGUCGGUUUCGAUCUUAUAUAGAUAACGAGUUGCCGAUGAUUUUGAUCUGUAGACGCGCUUUGAUUUGUGCUGCGACUUAACAAGUCUUCCAUCGACAAAUAUUUGGAUUUUAAUAUUGAUCUAUCAAUACUUGGAAUUCUUAGGAAUUUGUCUGUGACAGGAUUUUUAUCUCAAUUACCCCAUGGAUGAAAUUGACCAAUGCGAAAGAUGGAGUGAAUCCUGAAAAAUCUAGGAGACUUAUUUUCUGAGGCUCUUUGUUUGUCCAGCCCGGUCAGUCAUAAUUAUAUUGGAAAGCCUGGGCAAAUGACAAAACAAACACACCGAUGUACGGAAAACCAUUAAUAUUUCUUGCGAUAUCGACCAAUGAAGUAGGAACGCACCAAAUCAAAUAUGGAGAAUAUUUCGAGAGUCUGUGUUGGACGAUGCUGUGUAAUGAACUUGUUAAUGGUCGUAAUACUGUUCGUCAAAACCACUCCGACAUUUUCGAUAUGUCCUACGUCAUGUAGGUGUUUAGCACAAUCCAGAGUAGACUGCAGUGGAUCGGCGUUGUGGGACUUUCCCGCAGACGUCCCACCAAAUACUAAAAUUUUAAGCGUAAGCACAAACUUGAUUCAUGUACUCAGUCAGGACCACUUUAGUGAUCUCACAUAUCUGGAGGAAUUACACGUCGAUAAAAACGUACUUAGCGUGAUGAAUGACAACACUUUCUUACUUUUAACCAAGCUAUUAAUCCUUGAUCUCAGAUACAACAGAAUAAAAGUUCUUGCAAGAGGGGCCUUCAACGGUCUCAUGAAAUUAACACAUUUGCAAUUGGAGGGCAAUUGGGUUACUACUGUGGAUCAGCUAACUUUUGUAUCGUUACCUUCGUUAAUACAGCUGGAUUUGUACGACAACCGAUUAAGAAAUCUUCCCCAAGCAGUGUUUCACAAUAACAAGAACAUGCAGAUACUCAAUAUGGGAAUGUGUGACUUGGAACAGAUUCCUCCAACUCUCUUGAAAGGCCUCCACAGUCUCGCGUACCUGAACAUGAGCGAUAACCAUCACUUGACAGGUAUUGCCAAGGGUGUCUUCAGGGAUCUUACAAACAUUACGAAGAUCACACUGGACGGAUGUGGUUUAACAAGUAUGCACAUCAGCACAUUUGCAGGGUUACCAAAGUUACGCACAGUCUACCUCGAUGGUAAUCAGUUUUCAGAGACCAUUAGGUGGGAUGUGUUUGCUAACAUGCCGCCAUCAGUGAGGUACGUGUCGCUGACGAGAAAUCACUUCACGGCACUGCAUGAAUUUUCAUUGCAUUCCCUCAGUCGCAUCCAGCAGGUAAAUCUUAGCGGUAACGAAUGGCACUGUGACUGUAGCCUCUUGAAUGUGAGAAUGGCCUUCAUGGAGCGGCGCCCAAACUUCCUGACACAACCCGGUAUCACAUGCAGUUCCCCUGACCUGGUGGAGGGUCAAGACUUAUGGUCCGUACCAGUCAAAACUAUCAUGAAAAAUUGCGUCACGUCUCUGGUUUCGAUGGUCCACAAAUCUACCGUGGAUUUGGGAUCUGAAGUUCAGUUUGAUUGCCCAAUUUCGAGGGUGAAUGAAAGUCAGCUUGCAUGGUACACACCUACACCGACAUACCUUGCCUCUUCUUCGAUAGAUUCAUCCAACGGAGCUUUUCCAUCUGAUCGCAGAUACCGACUUUUACCCAAUGGAACGCUUUUCCUCAACGAAGUCAAGAACAAAGAUGCUGGGCUGUACAUUUGCUCUGUUAGAUAUGUUGACGGGUCAAGUUCUUGGAGCGUGGUCGAACUAAUCCUUGCAGAUGGUGGUGCUGAUUCUCAUCAGAACCAUGCGACAAUCUACGUUGCUGUUGUGACAACGUUCGCGAUAAUGCUGGUUUGUGCAGCAAUUGCAGCUGUGAUUUACAGACUAAGACGUAAGAAGGCUCAGUCAGCUCCACUUGUCAGCAUUCGUCCUAUGAUGAGUCAAGGAAUCCUUUCUCUUGCUUCAAGGAUUUCGAGGAAGUCGCUACCUCCUGAAGACACAUAUGCUUAUGCUUACGCAGAGGUACCGAUAUCGAACUCAUCAAAGCUAUCACUGUCUUCCAAUGCCUACGCCGUCGGUGCACUGCUUAAGACUAGAGACAGCUUUGGUCCUAUGAACGGUGGACCUGGAUCCGGUAACAACAACGUGAAUGGUGGACUGACUGGGACGUCCGCACAGCGAAUAGUAGCGAGGUCGUGUAGAGAGAGAUCUGAACCAAAGGUUCCCAUUGUUAGAACAUCGCGAAGUAUCGCGAGGUGUGAAACUUAUGGAUACGUCUCGCCGAAUUUUCCAAGUGGACAGAGACUUGAUCAAUCGUCCAUAGGACAAAUCCCAGAAAAUGGGAGCACGAAUAAUGUGAACAAUGGAAAGCCAACCAUGUUUUACGAUGUCAAUAGACCAGAUAGCGCAGGAUACCUUGAAAUAAUUGGUUAAAACUCGGCCAUGUACCUGUGUACAAAUACUUGAUGUACUUAAAGGAAAUAGAGCCAUAGACGUUGUGGCUUGGACGUUAUGAUUAGUAAAAGCACCAAAUACCUGAAUACCUCGAUGAAAGAUUUACUUAUAAAUGAUCUUCUGAUAUUAGGGUUGAGUUUAACGUCACCGCGUACAAUGGGGUGUGGUGAUAAGAGCGACAAAAUUAUUUAUUGGUUAUCAUUGAAAUUGAAACAUGUCACUGCAAGAUGUACGAAAUUAACUCUUUUAAAGAAAGAGUCUUUCUUCAAUCCAUUGUUAUGAAAGGUUGAAAAUUCUACGCAUGAUUUGAUAAUUAUUAUUUCUGAUCGGGUAAUUGUUAUCAAUGAUCUGAUAGAUUACAUCAUACCUCCAUCAUGACCAUGUCCACCCCUAUAAUCCCUUCCACCUCCCCAGUCCCUCCAAAAACAAUUUUAUAUUUUUCUGUUUAUCCAAUAUGUUCAUUUACUCUCUCCUCUCCAUUUCCUGUCAAUCUUAAUUGAAAGGUAAUACAUACGAUGGGUACAUGUAAAUGAAGGGACACUUUUUUGUUUUGAAAUCCCAACUCUGUAUUUUUCUAUGGAGUAAUUUUGUAUUUAUCCAUUCUCUACAAAGUGUUAUUGGCCUGAGUUUGCGUGUAGGGCACUAAUAUGGGCGAUGCAAUAUUUUAUUGUUUUGACAUUUCAUUUUCUUUUUCGCACUAAGAUGUAUACAUAUAUUUCAGCCCGAAUUUUUCGUUGGCAUUCUCGGGAGCAAUUAGGACUGUGAGUGACAACCUUUUUUGUAGGGGAGGGGGCUUCUUGGAAAGCAUAUACUGAACAAAACCACCCAAUUUUAGGGUAGGAUUAUUAUUUUGUGAUUUUUUGUACUCAAUCUUUUCUGACAUUUUUGAUCCGCUCUUUAUACAUGUACCUUCAUUCCAUGGUGGAUCCAGGAUUUUGAAAUAGAUGGGGGCGCAAAUAGCAAAUUUAAGAAUAUUUGGGGCAAAUGGGCAAUUCUGAAAAUUUAGAGGGGUGUGCGCCCCUUGGGCUCCUGCCUUGAUCCGCCACUGUUAAUUGCAGACAAAGUCUUCCUUACCUCUAGGCCCAUCAUACGCAACUCCAUUUUUAUUCUUUGAUAUAAUAUUCUUCUUAAAUAUCGCUGUUGAAUUUUGUUUUCAUUGCCUUAGCUAAUAUGGCAAUGAAAAACUCGUGGACUCAUUCAUUAGACUAACGUCUACAAAUUUUCAUCAUUUGUAUGUUGUUCUUAUAAUGCCAAACAUGUUUCAAUGGUAAAAUGUUGUUAUAUUCAUGCACCUUCUAAUGUACCAUUAAACCACUAUUUGGCUGUAAAUUAAGUUACUCUCAAAUUCAGUUAGUAAGAAAUAUGUAAAUAAUGACAUGUAAAUAGUGAUUGUGUAAAUGAGGAAACUUGACAAUGUAAUAUAUCUCUUUGUGGUAUUCUUUUGUAUCUAAAUCAUUAGUUAUUUCUAACAUGUGAGAUAUAUGUUUUGUAGAUUGUAUUGAUGACUGGAGACUUGUUUACUAGUGUAUUUAUAGUGCAUUGACUGAUAAUACGUACUCUAUAGCGCAAGCGUUCAAAGUGACAAAUGAAAUUAUUAAAUGCCAAAAUUAACAAACCU